AUGACGCCUAGUCCUUCCUUCAUGGUUCUGCCACCUGAGCUCUGGGUACCCAUUGCCGUGCACGUUGAUCCGAAGACGAUCAUCCGUAGCAGGCGAGUAUGUCGUCGGUGGAAGGUAUUCGUAGACAGUACUGAAGAAGUUUGGCGCAGUGUCGCCUUUCAGUGGCAUCUUUGCGAUGGCGUCAAUUUGCCAUUGCCACUUUGUCAACCAGCGCAAGACCGCAAAGACGGCUUUCCAAGAGCCGAAGAUGCAGCGACAACAAGCGCAAGCGGUGCUUUUGACCGCUUGGCGACGUAUCGCUCACUUUGCGAUACUCACGUCAUGCUCGUGCAAGCCUGGUCGACGCCCCAGAUUCACGCCACGAUGCAAAAGUCAAGUGGAACGAUUGAAGACAAGACAGGCCUGUUCACUUCGCCGCGGAUUACGACUACGACUCCCAGUGGAUAUGUCGUCCUCGUCGUUGGUGUGGAAGGGGAAGCCGGCUACUCCACCCUCUUUCUGUCAGUGUACAUUGCUACCUCGGAGUACGCUAACUUGCGGGAAGUUGGGCGGACUCUGACAGCUCGUCUUGAGGCCAAGCAAGUGGAAGGACCAGAUGCCUGGAUGGCUACCGAUAGUAGCAACGAAUUUGUGCUCGUCCACCAACAAGCAGAUGACAGCUGGGCCAUACAGCAGUUGGGGUCCGACAGAAGCAGAUUCAGCACCACAGAGCCAGCGAUGCACAUACCUUACCAUGCUGAGCCAUCAGCACUUCGUGUGCACUGGCCGGUUUGUAUGGUAGGAUCCUCUGUACAAGCAGAAUACUCGGAGACGGGCAAGACCGCUUGCUCGGUAAGUUGCUGGUGCCUCAAGUCGCAUCGACUGAUCGAGACAUUCAGCUUGAAGAAUACAAAAGGCCAGAUCCACUCGUUGGAUUUUGAUCUGGACAGGCAACUCCUCUUUGUGGCCGAUAGCGCCGGCGUUGCGAUCUAUUCUUUCCGCAGUGCAAAGGGUGAAGGUGUAAAUUUGAUCAGCCAAUCUUCCAGCUACACAAUGCAGGGAAGUGUGCCGCCUACACUUGCCCCAUCGCCUGACGUUUGGCUCAGCGCUUUGUCUCUGCAAGGCGUUGACGUUCAUAUUGGAACAGUGUCUGUCGGCAACACAGAAGCUGGGUUGGACCAUCUGCCUCUUGCCAUUGACUGGCGCCACCUCGGACGCAGGCAGGUGAAUCCUCUGAGGGUACGCGCAUCGUGAGCACGGAUGAUGUAUGGGCUGGCAAAGCGCUAGGACCUGCCAUCUGAGAAAGUCUGCCUUUUUUGUCAUGCCUUCCGAGUAUGCUCGCAGUCUUCUCGACGAGCUGCUGGACGUUCAAUUCCACGCGCGGGUGAGAAGUCGAGGUGUUGAGCCAAUCAUGGGGAUACGCUUAACUUUCGUAGUGCUUGAUCUCUUCGAAGUACUUGAUCCCUCAGAUGCUUAGUGAAGUCACAUCACCUGAGGACGUCUGGGCUGACGUUGAAUCGGACACUUUAGUGGUCGUGUAUCAGUGGGGGAUCACGCUCGUCAGGCCGUACUCUUGCCUGAACAAAAAGCCGUACCGGGGUCAAGUUGGAGUCGGAUUCAUCCGCUACUCCUUUCCUGAGAGCCCGUUUCACACAAAAGACUACAGCGAAGAGGUGCUGCCAGAUUAUAUUCUGGAAGCUGAAAUGUUGCACUCAGCCUAUUCGAAUGGGCGUGUAUGCCAAGCUCUGGUGGAGGUCCCUUUUCAAGAGCCCUCUUUCUCACAUCUUCUUCUCGUCGACCUCAACUGCCACCGCCUCGACACCCUCUUUGAAAGCGAGCAGCACCCAUUCGAGAACAUCAGGGCUUGGCGCAUCGAGACAAGAGAGGAGUCCAUCGAUACCUUGGACGAUGGUUCUCUUCCCGCGCAGGAGGACAUCGUCCUGACCGACGCGUUGCAAUCGCUGUACAUGGACGCCAGCACGAUUUUCACGCUGCGAUCACAGUCUGGCCUUCAGUACAUCGACUUCAACACGCGCGGCAGAACGCGCUCUCAAGUCGAGGAUCACAUGCUGACAAAACAGAGUGUAGCAAUGUCGGAGGCAUUGUCGAGAGACUUGGAGAAUCUCGUGCAAGAGACUCAGCAAGCGAUGGGCAUGGAUCCCAGCCAAUUUGAUCCUCGUUGGCCGCCUCUAUCGCGCGAUGAAGCGUAG